AUGGCACAAGCUCGCCAUCCUCAGCAGCAGGCACCCCCGCCGCCGCCGCAGUUUUCCUCUCAACCUUUCUCCCCACCUGUCUCGUCGCCAUCCCCAAACUCGGUAGCAUCCCCCGUGAAUGGAGGCGUUGCACCCCCUCCAUCCAAACGACCUCGCCUCUCCCCUCUGCCGCCUUCUCAAACCCAGUCUCCUUACGGUUCUCCAAGCUUCAACGCGGUGCAGCUACCACAAAAUCCCUCUCCAAUGAACGGAGCACCGAUGAAUAUGAGCAUGAAUAUGAACAUGUCUGCGACGUCUGCCCCCCGCUCCUCCCGGAACCAUGGGUCCUCCUUCUCGCCCACGUCAUCUGGAAUUGAUGUGAGGGAAGAAGAAGCAUUUCUCACACAGAGCUUUUCAGGGCAGAAUGCGCAGGCGCAGCCUUCCCAUCGAGGACCACAGUCUCAAUACCCGCCACCUAUCAACACCUCCUUCACGUCUCAAGGCUCUACCCCAGGAACUCCCUCAGCUUCGACCAGCUUCGGUGAUUUACCUCAAAUCAAACCGGCGAUCACGCACGAUUCAUUUGCCGGCCCGUCCUCUCAGGCCCAUGUUCCCUUCAAAGAUCCUAAUGAACCGACUCGCGAGGACACUAUUGCAGCAAGGCGAUCACAGUAUCACAUCCAAGAACCAUUCUUGAUCACAAAACUCCUUGAACAGAAGCUUCAGAAGCGAGGCUUUGACCUGGGUGUUCGAAUCCCCUCAGAGGGUCUCUUUCAUCCCGUACCUGGCCGACCACAGCCAAUUGAAGUUACUGGUCCAGAUGGCUCUUCUGUGGUGCGCACUGGUCAGACCAUUCUCAACCAGGAAGGUGCUCCUCUCGUGGACAUACUGAAUCUUCUAUCUAUUGCCACUGAAGAAAGAUUCAGGGGCGUCAUCGACUACGCCUCGACUCUUGCUCGAAGUCGCCGAGCACAUUCUCAUGGCGUAGUUCCCAAUGAGUGGAAAGAUGUCGCGAGCCCCCUGCGCAGGCUACGGGGAGCACUCAAACCCCUCACAAAGUCCAAUGCGGCAAGAUACCGAGCAUUCAUCCACCGGGAGAGUUCGCAAGAGGAAAGACGCGCAGCAAAGCGUGCCAAACGCAACAGUAAUGCUAUUCUCGAUGAGGCUGGUCGAGCUGAGUCUGUGGAUCCAACAGGAUCUGCGCCCUCGACGCCCCUUGGCGAAAGGGCACCUAGUCUCGAUAAGAAGUCAGUCAGCAAAAAAGAUGCGAAGAAAAUGCAGGAUUCCAAAGCCACCGAGGCCCAACAGCAUGCACAGUCCGUGGAGACGGCCCGCAUGGCUUUGUCCGGGGGCGGUCGUAGUAUGUUCGGUGCCAAGAAGUCAUACUCGUGGCUGAAGCCUGGCGGCAAGGCCAGUGGAUUCUCGUCUCCCUCGCGUCCGACUCCUUCUACACCCACUGCCGGUCCUGAAAAGUCUGGUUCCGGUGAAUCGACACCCACUCAGGCACAACGUCGCCUUGGAAUAUGGCGUGAAGAUCAAGAGAAGGGGUUGGGUAUUCAGGUCAGAGAUGUUUUGUUCAUGCUGGAGACGGAUGGACGGGCGACCCGACAUGUGCAAAGGGGUUACCUGAAGGAUCCCAAAGAGGAUCGGGAUCGAAACUGA